AAGUCCAAGAUGUGACCAAGAGUCCAAGUGCCGCGGCCAACCCCGCCCGGCUCCGAGACACACGGAAACCACAAGACGUCCCGAAGCGCCGUCCGGUUCCAUCGUACACCGAUCGCCCUAUAUAACGUGAAGGCAAUAGGUAGGCCACGACAUCCAAAGUACCGCAUCAUGGCUAUCCGUCUGGGAUUCGUCGGACUCUCUUCGCAGGGCUGGGCAUCGAUGAUGCUCGCGCCAUCCCUCCUGCAGGCACCGCUGAACUCCGCGUACACGCUCGCAGCCGUCUCGACGAGCAACGCCAACUCCGCCGCCGCGAGCGCAGAGAAGUACUCCGAGAUCGCGAAGCACUCCGUGAAGGCAUAUCACGGCUCGACCGCAGCGAUCGCUGCGGAUCCGGAGCUCGACUUCAUCGCCGUGUCGGUCAAGGCGCCGGAGCACAAGACGGCGGUCACGCCCAUCAUCGAGGCGGGCAAGAACUUCUUCAUCGAAUGGCCGGUGGGUAUCAAUCUGCAGCAAACUAAGGAGAUAGCGGAGGCAGCGAGGAAGAAGGGCUUGAGGACUAUAGUCGGCACGCAAGGUAGGCAGAGCCCCACAGUCCGAAAGAUCAAGGAGAUCGUAGAAUCCGGACAAAUAGGACGCAUCCUGUCCUCAAGCAUCAUCGCACACGCACCGAACCCUCCGUUGUACGCCUGGGGCCCCAAGAUCUCCGAGCGCUCGACGUUCACCGCGGACGCCGAGCAGGGCACCACGCUCCUAGACGUGAUCGGCGGCCACUUCCUCGAAGGCUUCACCUACGCGCUCGGGCCCUUCACCUCCGUGAUCUCGACCCUCGCGGUCCAAUACCCCACCGCGGAGCUCGUCGACGCGUCUGGCAAGCCCACCGGCAAGACCGUCACCCAGACGGGUGCGAACCAGGUCGCCUUCUCGGGCACGCUCGCGAACGGGGCCGUCGCGAGCAUCCACUGGCGCGGUGGCGUCAGCGCGGACGGCGGCAAGCGGGGCUCGCCGUUCGUGUGGGUCAUCGACGGUGAGAAGGGGUCGAUCCGGGUCGAGAGCGACAACCCUGGUGGGGCGUACAUCCACGUAUACGAGCCGACUCUGUACGUGGACGGAGAGAAGGUAGAGCUGCCGCAGGACGGGCAGACGAAUACAGCCAGGGCGUGGGCGGAGUUUGCGAAGGGCGAUGCGGGCGACUACCCCACUAUUGAAGAUGCGGUCAAGGUGAAGGAACUGCUCGAGGCGAUCAAGACGAGUUCGCGUGACGGGAAAAGGGUGGUUCUAUAGUUACAGUGUACAGUAUCCUGGAUGACUGGCGGUGUGCCGAGGUUGAAACGCAACGGUUCAAU